AUGUGGGUGUAUGCUACUUCGAAGUGCUCUUUAAUGUGGGUGAUCCGGGUGCUGGAAAUGGAUUCUAGCUUCAGUGAAGACAGUUUGUUGACUUCAGAGCAGAUAUUUAUUCCAUCACCUCAACGCGGACUCCAACGUGGGCUACUGCCUUUGGAUCCCGUACCUAGCUCGUCAAGUCUGGCGAUUUCUGACUUUCCGGCUCCAAAUAGCUCCUUGGAGGCAAUGGCUGCUGAGUAUACAGAUACUACAGUAUGGACUACCGUGAAUAAAGUUAACGGCAUGGAUAGAAAGCAGGACAGCGAGGCAAAGAAAGCUGUCAGUGAAUUAUUUUUAUUUUUAUACAUUAUGACGAAAAACAGACUGGCCUCAGGCUUGAUUCAGAAGUGGCUCAUGGUAUCGCUUGCCUUUGAUUGUAUGACUAUGUAG